UGCCCCGCAGGGGAACCAGAUGAAGCACAUCUGGACAGCUGCGCUGAGGAACGGUGCGGCCCCUUCGCGGGCCCGACGUCAGCUGGGCACGUCCCCCACGUUCUCUCCGGCUAGCCACUUAUUAUUAUUCAUAUUCCCAAAGAAGCAACCGACGAUCCAAGCUUAAAACUUCCUCCCGCUAAUUGAGACGGGGCCAGAUCCCACUCAACACACAGUUUAAUUUUCAUGGGGCUCUGGGAGCAAAAGAACAGAAACAGCAACAACAAAAGCCCAGCCGCUGUCUGAUUUAAAACUGGCAAAGUGAGAAAAAUAGUGUUGAGUAAACAGACCAAGUUGGACAUGGGGAGUUUCAAAGGUCAUGCCCUCCCUGGAACCUUCUUCAUUAUCAUGGGUAUUUGGUGGACCAUCAAGUGCGUUCUGAAGUAUGCCUGCAAAAAACACAAACGGACUUCCUACCUUGGCUCCAAAGCAUUAUUCCAACGAAUAGAAAUUUUUGAGGGAAUUGUAAUAAUUGGGAUGGCUAUCACUGGCAUGCUUGGAGAGCAAUUUAUUACUGGAGGGCCCCACUUGGCCUUAUAUGACUAUAAAGAGGGCCAGUGGGUUGAACUCCUGAGCUGGCAUCAUUUCACCAUGUAUUUCUUCUUUGGGCUGCUGGGUGUGGCAAACGUCUUAUGUUUUAUCAUCAAUUCACUUCCCACCUCGUUAACCAAGUUAAUGUUGUCAAAUGCCUUAUUUGUGGAGGCUUUUGUCAUGUACAAUCACACUCAUGGCCGGGAAAUGCUGGACAUCUUUGUACACCAGCUGCUGGUCUUGGCCGUCUUUGUGGCAGGACUGAUUGCCUUCUUGGAGCUCUUCAUACGGACCAAUAUCACCGUGGAACUUCUUCGGACAAGCUGCAUCCUGCUUCAGGGGAGCUGGUUCUGGCAGAUUGGUUUUGUCCUUUAUCCCCCCAGUGGAGGUCCCGCAUGGGAUGCAAUGGAUCAUGACAACAUAAUGUUUCUUACCAUAUGCUUUUGUUGGCAUUAUGCAUUAAACCUUAUCGUCAUCGGAAUGAUUUAUGCCUUUGUCACUUGGCUGACACCUGGGCUUCAUCUCCUUAGGGGCUGGGCAGCAUCCAAGAAUAAUGGCAACAUUCAAGGAGCCUCUCUGGCUCAUGUCAGCUCUCUUCCAGUGCCAAAAGAAGACUGCUGUCUCUUCCUGUUUCAAAAAGCUUCCGACCUCUCUUAUCCACUUACAGUUUUCUAGAAACCAGAAAGUCCAUGUCGACUUUUUCAGCCUUUACCUUUUUGACCACUCAGUCCCCUUACCUGGCAUAUCCAAAUUAAAUGCCCAUCUCUUCUGUGAAAACUUCUGUGACAAUUCUAGCCCUCAUCUCCCUUCAUGAGUUUGUAUAGGACUUUAGUCACUACUACCCAUUUUAACAACUGCGAUCUAUCUUUACUCUUAGUUCACAUCAGCCUUAUCUGCUAGCUACAUUGUAUCACCUUGAAGAAAAUACCCUUUUCAUAUUUUGCACAGGUCUUGGCAUGCCGUCAAACAUAUAGCAGGUACUCAGUAAACACUUAUUUACUGUUUUAAUAGAUCUGCUUCAGAGUUACAUGAAUAUGGGCUUUAUUUGUUUGGAAAUCAUGUUUCAGAUGUUUUCAGUCUUUCUCUCAUAGUGCUCUUGGAAAUAUAAGAACAAGAGCUCAUGUUGUGAGGUAUGUUGAUACAAACUUAAGCAAGAACUUAAAAAAUAUCAUGAAGAUCCAGUAACUUUCAGUGAGGUCACAUGGCUGACUAAUUCAGUUCUAUAAUCAUAAGGAGUUUUGACAAUCUGUUUUUUCAGGGUUUGGUUGGAAUAGUUUGUAAUUCAGUCACAGGUGAUGGAUUUUCAGGACAUUAUAUUGGAAUUUGUUUGACAAAGUGCAAAGAUCACCAUGGAAACAGAACUGGGUUAUGGAACUACAACCAGCCAAAUCUCAGAAAAAUGAAGUUGUACUUCCCAGCUUUCCAGAAUAAUGGUUCAAAGAUUGCCUCAUUCAGCCCCAUAACUUUCCAGAAUAAUGGUUCAAAGAUUGCCUCAUUCAGCCCCAUACCUACAGUUCUGAAAUGACAACUCAUAGGAGAGACUUAUAUGUUUGGAAAUUUUAUUAGAUGUUCUACUAUAUUUCCUAUUUAAACACCACUAUUCAUAGAACUAUUUCAAAAGCCCCUCUCUAUGGGUAGAGAAAUAUGCCCACUUUCAGGUUGGUUCCCUAAGCAAUAAUUCAGGUAACUCAUUUUGAAGAACAAAAUAGAAAUGACUAAAUUCCAGGAAUAUGAUGGUUUGCCUUCUGGAAGUUUGAUUUCCAGAUAGACUCUGAAAGUACACCCAGAAUCUCAGUUCUGCUCUUUCUCUUACUAAUCGAAGAAAACUUAUGGGAGCAAAACCUCAGACACAUCCUAACCUUAGUAUUCUGGACUAACAUCAUUCUGGGAACUAGUAACUAUUUGCACUUCCUCU